AUGCCGAUACAAUCUGAUAUGGAACCGGAAUUUCUUCAAGCACUGGAGAAUCACACCGUGACACAAGGUCGUGACGUACAUUUCACCUGCGUAGUGAAUCAUCUCUCAAAUUACAGGGUAGCGUGGAUAAAAUCCGACUCAAAGGCUAUUCUAGCCAUUCACACAAAUAUGGUGGCGCUAAACCCCCGGCUCUCUGUCACGUACAACAACCACAAUACUUGGAAACUGCACGUGAGCAACGUACAGGCCAACGACUCAGGCACCUACAUGUGCCAAGUGAACACAGACCCUAUGAAGAGUCAGAUGGGCUACUUAUCCGUGGUGAUACCACCGGACAUAGUGGACACGGUAGCUGAAGGAAGCACUGCACAGGAGGGCGGCAGCGUGCGGUUGACAUGCACCGCGACGGGAGAACCGCCGCCGACUGUCAUGUGGCGACGGGAACACAACAGGCCCAUCGUGUUCCGACACGAUGGUGGCAGGGAGAGAAGAGGUCAGUCAGUCAGUUAUGGUUUAGGUCUGUCGCAAAAGGCAGCAAUGCAUAGGUGGGCGGCUUCAUGCGGUUGGCAUGCAUCGCGACGGGAGAACCACCGCCAACUGUCAUUUGGCGAUAGGACCACAACAAGCCCAUCGUGUUCUGACACGAUGGUGGCCGGGAGAGGAGAGGUCGGUCAGUUAGUGUUUAUAUAUAUUGCUGAAGGUAGCACUGCGCAGGAGGGCGUGAGUGCAGAGGAGUGCGUGUGGUUGACAUGCACGGCGACGGCGACGGGAGAACCAACGCCGAAAUGUCAUGUGGCGGCGAGAAAUGCGAAACGAACAUAG